UGUGUUUGUGGAGGCAAACCCCCCCGGAACGUGAUAUCGUGCUCACCGAAGACGCACGACUGCAGCAGCAGCACAAGGACUCCUCGCUGGCUCUGUUUGUUAUCAGCUACCGUUUUCCGCUGCUGUUGCACGCACUCCCACCCACACACUUGAACACCUCAAUCAACCUCGGAGUCCUGCUAAGACGCAGACGACAACAAACAACAAACGCGGCGCGUGGGGUCUGGGGCGCAGGGGCGCGCGCGCGCGCCGAUCAGCACCGUGCGUCGGAUCCGUCCUAUAAAUAGUGGCCCCGCUGGUAGUGUUGCGGGUGGCGGUGGCCCAGAUAAGCGCCCAGCGCGCCCAGUGACCCCUCGUCCGUAACCCGUAACGCGGGGAAGCCGGAUGAUAAUGGCGCUGAAAGGUGAGCAGCUGGAGGCUGCACCACACAGGCUGCAGCUGCUGCUGAUGGCCCUGUCCGAGUCAACCGAGGAGGCGCAGUCGCAGGGAGGCGGUACCGAUGAGGACAACGGCGAUGGUGGUGCGCUGGCCCAGAUGGUUGCCUACGCCGCCAAGCUGAUCGAACAACAGCAGCAACAACAGCAACAGCAACAGCAGCACGAGAACGAAGUGCCGAUGGUUUCGAUGGAUGGUGAGGCACAUCCGAACAUGACGCUGGCCGCGAUCGGACUGGGCGUGCUGGUGGCCCUGAUCAUCCUCAUCAUCCUGAUCGCGUUCAUCACACGCCGAGAGCGAAGUCCACACUCGAAGACGAGCAGCACGGGCAAGGCCAUAGUACCACGGCUCGGCGUGGCAGAGCCACGGGACCACCGGCACCCGAUACCGACCAUCUCGCAGCGGCUCGCGACCCACGCACCUUCGGUAACACGCUGCGUAACCUUCGCCAACGACUACGAGCUGCAAGAUGUGGUGACGACACGGAUGUGACGGUGGAAGCGGGUUGCUACGGUAGCCACGCGGUAGAUAGCUUUAUUGGUCAUUGAGGGUCAUAGCUCUCUUAAGAGUAGUAGAAAGAGAGAGAGAGAGAGAGAGAGAGAGUACGCAUACUACU